GAGAUGUCGGCGGUGGACGGGGCGGAGCCCUUGGGCCCUCCUAGCAGCUUUACGAAGCGGCUGCUGGUGACUGGGGGCGCUGGUUUCAUGUAGGUAAUGGUGCCGCUCGCCGAACUUUGGCUUCCCGGAAACCUCGACCUUUUACUGUGGCUCUGCUUGCUCUUGGCAAUUUGGGACCAGUUUGGUGGGGUUCUGAUAUGGGGAGGUUCCUGAUCAACGAUUACGAUCAUCUUACCGUCUCCCCUUCCCCGGCGUGCUAAGACGUGGUUCAAACUGCGACUUCUUUAAAACGCCUUGCUCCCAAAGCGUAAAUGAUGUGGCACUGUCGGCCCUGCUGUCUGGCCCGAGAUGUUUACCACCAGUCACUCCUCCAGGUGCGCACACAUCACAGUGACUUUCCCACCCCCUGCCUUCCACUCUCUAGACCCCCCUUCCCCCCUCCACACAAUACACAGGCCUUGUGCGUAUAGAAGCACAAAAAUGAUUACCGUAGGCACAUUAAUUUAUUCAGCAAACUUUUUAAAAUUCUCUGUUGGUAUCUGGAUCCGUACUAGAGAGCCUGUUUGCUCUCACAUCUACAUUCAAUCAGCAAGUCUUUCCCUGCUUUCAAAGUGUAUCCUUAAGAUUACAGCUUCACACCACUCUUCCUUUUCUACCCUAGUCCAUAUCAGCACAGUUGUCUUUUACCUAGACUACUUCAGGAGCUUCCUGAUUGGAUAUACUACUUUAACUCUUGUUCCCUUAAAGUCUCUUCCUCACAGAACUCUGUGUGUUUUAAAUAAAUCAGAUGCUCAUUAGCGGGUAGGAUUUUACUCCAGUGGUUCUUUUUAGACCUAGAAUAGAAUCCAGACUCCUUUCCAUGCCUAGAAGACUACUAAGUGCCCUAGUGCCUGCUAUUUUUCCAACUUGAUCUCCUGUCAUUCUACCCCUUGCUUUUGUCUACCUGCCACACUUACCCUCUUUCAGUUCCAGGAGCCUCACAUCAGGCUUAUUCUUUAUGUCUUGAGGCCUUUACACUUGCUUCCUCUUUGCUUUAGCCUGCUCAUCUGUGUUUGCAUCACCCAGUUUGGGUUUUUACUCACAUAUCAACAAAGAGGCUUUACCUGACCACCUAUCUAAAAUAGCCUGUCUUCCAAAUAGCCUUUUUGUUUCUUUGUGUUUUUUGUGUUUUUUUUUGUAACAUUUAUCACUACCGGAAAUUGUUUUGUGUAUGUUUCCUGCGGUCCUGCUCUAGAAUAUAAAUUCGAUAAGGGCAGAGACUAGUUCUCUCCACCUGGAAGAAUAUAGAUCGUCAGUAAUUGAUGAAUGGAUGGAUGUUAGAGUAACAAUAGUAAACUCCUACCACCAAGGAACUCAAAAUUCCAGCUGAAAAGGAGGGACCAUUGAGUUGUUUUUUAUCGUCCAUUAGCACAUUAAAUCGUUUAUUCUAAUCACUUGGGGGAGGGUUCCAGGCAGCCAGGUUCUUAUAAUGAGAAGAGAAUCCUGGGCCUGAAAGGGUGGUACUUGUGUGGGAGUGCUGGUCCAGGAAGGGUGGGCCCUAGAAAAUGCUGUGAAAGAACUGCUAAGUACAAACUCUGAGUUCAUAAUUUGUUCAAGGGCUGGUCUUAUGCCUGGGUGUCCAGUGUUUUAGGUGUGCAUGAUAAAAUCUGGUGAAUCAUCUCACUGAGAUAUGCCUCUGUUUCCAUCUUAGGGUCCUUUGAAACCCAGGUGCAACUAUGGCUAGCCAACUCAGAAUGGUUUUCAGCUGUUACUAGCCUUGGAAACCUGGGUUCAGUCUAGGGUCGUCCCUGAGGGUUCCAAAUUAUGUCACCAAAUUUUCAUACUAGCAGAUAGCAAUUUCAGUAGAGCUUCUGUGAACAUAGCAACUGUGUUCAUACUGAUUUAAUUUUUACAUAAUUGCGCCUUUGGUGCCUGAAAAGACACAUUUUAGUUUCAGUAAAGUUGCACUGAUGACCACCCAUUGUAUAUUUUUUUAUCCUGGUUUAUCCUCACACUCAAAGCAUGUAUGGACAGCAUCCUUUGGUUAAAUUAACUUUUUCUUAUUCUUAGAUCCAGUAAAUUCUCUCUUCUCUACAGACCAAAGUGCAUCACAUGUGAUUGUCUCUUUAGUAGAAGAUUACCCCAACUAUAUGAUCAUAAAUCUAGACAAGCUGGAUUAUUGUGCAAGUUUAAAGAAUCUUGAAACCAUUUCUAACAAACAAAACUACAAAUUUAUACAGGGUGAUAUAUGUGAUUCUCAUUUUGUGAAACUGCUUUUUGAAAAAGAGAAAAUAGACAUAGUGCUACAUUUUGCUGCACAAACACAUGUAGAUCUUUCCUUUGUGCGAGCCUUUGAGUUUACAUAUGUUAAUGUUUAUGGCACUCAUGUUUUGGUAAGUGCUGCUCAUGAAGCCGGAGUGGAGAAAUUUAUUUAUGUCAGCACUGAUGAAGUGUAUGGAGGAAGUCUUGAUAAGGAAUUUGAUGAAUCUUCACCCAAACAACCUACAAAUCCUUAUGCAUCAUCUAAAGCAGCUGCUGAAUGUUUUGUACAGUCUUAUUGGGAACGAUAUAGGUUUCCCGUUGUCAUCACAAGAAGCAGUAAUGUUUAUGGACCGCAUCAAUAUCCAGAAAAGGUUAUUCCUAAAUUUAUAUCUUUACUACAGCACAACAGGAAAUGCUGCAUCCAUGGAUCAGGGCUUCAAACAAGAAAUUUUCUUUAUGCUACUGAUGUAGUAGAAGCAUUUCUCACUGUCCUCAAAAAGGGAAAACCAGGUGAAAUUUAUAACAUUGGAACCAAUUUUGAAAUGUCGGUUGUACAGCUUGCCAAAGAACUAAUACAACUGAUCAAAGAGACCAAUUCAGAGUCUGAAAUGGAAAACUGGGUAGACUAUGUUAAUGAUAGACCUACCAAUGAUAUGAGAUAUCCAAUGACAUCAGAAAAAAUACAUGGCUUAGGAUGGAGACCUAAAGUGCCUUGGAAAGAAGGGAUUAAAAAAACAAUUGAAUGGUACAGAGAAAAUUUUCACAAUUGGAAGAAUGCAGAAAAGGCACUAGAACCCUUUCCAGUACAACCACCAUUUGUAUAGUUAGGACAGUUUUUGGAGAAAGAAGAAAAUUAUCCUACCUCGAGAAAUGAUAUGAAAUCACAUGACCAAAUGGAGUGUUCACUUCUCAUUUGGAAUUAGGUUCAUGUUUUGUACAAAAUUCAAAUGCAAAAUACUUCAGUCUUCGGAAGAGUUUCAGUAUGGGCACAGGAUUUAAAUGUUGAAAUUCUUUCAGGAACCCUUUAUCCUGUAAAUUAGGAUCCAGUAGGCAUAGAAAGACUCCUCCCUAGGAGUGGGCUAAAAGGGAAGAGUCUCCUGGUUCUGAGAGCAGAUCGGUAAUAAUGGCACAGGGGAGAGGGCAGCCUUUGCUGGCGUUAAACUUGAUGAGCUUCCAAACCUUUCCCACUGUCUAGAAAUUCUCUGAAGUUUUAAUUUUUAGGCAAGAUACGAUGUGUCGUGGGCUGUAAUUCAUCUUUUUUUUUUAAAGGUCUGAUGUGCUAUAAUUGCUUUUAAAAUGGAGCAAAAUGGAAGUGUAUCUAGCACUUUUUAACUUUUGAUAUUUUUGCAAAAUUAAGUUAAAUGUUUUUAAAAGAAGAAUGUAAAGUUUUUAUAUUUUCAAAAUCAGUUAUUGAGCUACAUGUAAGUAACCUUGUAUCAAAAAUUUUAUCAUGUAAUUUACUGUUUAAAAUGAAUUUAUUUCCAAAAUUGUCAUUAUUUUAAUGUAUUUAAUAUAGAAUGUGGCUUUUUUUAAGUAAUGUAUAUUUUCAUUUAUUUUGCUGUAGAAAAAUAAUAUAUAUUUUUAUUCCUCUUUGUCCUAAAGAUUUUAAGGAAGUCUGAUGUUGUCCUAAUCCCUGAUCCUUUGUAUGUGGCAGUGACCUUGUUUCUUCCUUCUGAAAGCCUUUAGGGUAUCCUCUUCAUAUGCCAGUAUUCUUAAAUUUAAUGAUGCUUCACCUUUGUAUAGAUUUUUCUCAUUCACUGUGCUGCUGGGCAUUUAAUGGGUCACUUUACUCGAGACAAUUUGUCUGGGAAAUUAUAUUUUUUCCUUGAAAUGUAUCCCCUUUUGUUUUUUCUUUUCUUUCUUUUUGGAAUCCCUGUUAGUUGGAUAUUGGGUCUCCCGUAUUGAACGUUUUAGAGUUUUAUUUUUUAAUCCUAUUUCUUUAUUUCAGUUCUACUUUUUCUGGGAUUUUCUUUAUUUUAAAUACCAACUAUUAAAUUUAAUUUCCAUGA